AUGGAUUUUGGAAGUGAUAUGAGCUUGUUAGACAUUGUAAAUACGGAGCAAAUGAACUUACCUGCAGAGCUCAGUGACUGUCCGCCAUUGUUUUCGCCAUUGUUUUUUACAAACGUUAAUACGGAGCCCAUAGAAUCUCAUGGAAAGAAUACGAGCGACCAGAACAUAAACUUUGGAAAUAUGGUAAUGGAAAGUCAACAAACUGUUCCGACAACGAACAGCAAGGAAGUAACCUUAAGGUGUCUGGCACAAAAUCGUGAGUACGCUUUAUCUGGUGUGUUAAAGCAAAUUACGAAGCAAAUUAAGAUGACGCCCCUAAUGUUAAGCGUAAUUAAUGAAGAGACGGUGAGAUCUCAUGCGUUGCAGUUGGAUCAGUUGUUCGUAAAUAUGGAGAAGGCUCAUGAGUUAUAUAUCGAGGAAAUGGAAGAUGAAAGGGAUAUUGAAUUAGCCCAACAAUGGUAUGACGCUCAUGAUCGACAUGUUUUUGAGUUUAAGAAGCAAAUUAUAGAAUUUCUGGCCAAAACUAAAGCUAAAGAAGAAAUGCCACUCAGAUACGAAACCAUCUCGUGCAAGUCUAGUAAAUCCAGCAGUUCAAGACCCUCUGUGGCUUCAUCGACAUCCACAAGAGCUAAAUUUAUUGCAGCAAAGGCCAAAGCUGCAGCCCUAGAAGUAAGAGCUUCAUUUCUUAAGGAGAAACAAGCACUAAGAAUAGCUGCUGAAGAGUUGGAACUUAAACAACAAAUUGCUGAAGUUAAGGUGGAAGAGCAGAUUAUGGACAGUACAAUGAACAGGAACUGAAUGAUAGUGCCAAGGUUAUCAAAGGCAUCAAUAGCAAAGAUUGUCCAAAUGAUUGUCCAAUUAAUACCAGCUCACCAACAUCACCGUUGAAUCCAGAUGCUUCAUGCUUUACCAUUCCUGAUAUCAAAGAUAAAGAAAAGCCUGCUCAUCUAGCUGUUGGACAGAUGCCUUUAGCAAAAGCUUCUAGUGUAUCCAAUAAACAAGUGGAACAACAGAGUCUUCAAUUUUCUCCUGGCUCAGUUGAGAAAAUUAAUAUGGAUAAAGAAUUCCUUGAGAUACAAAAGAGACAGACUGAACUAACAGAAAUGAUUGCAACCCAACAAUUGAAAGGAUCCCUGCCUACCCACAAACCACCUACAUUUUCUGGUGAUAUAAUGGAGUAUCCAGCAUUUAUAACUGCCUUUGAUACAUUGAUAGAGUCAAGGGUUAAAGAUCCCACAGAAUUGCUGUAUUGCCUAGAGCAAUGCACUGAAGGAAAGGCCAAAGAACUGAUCAAGGGAUGCUGCCAAAGAAAAUCCGAAUCCUCAUUCCAGGAUGCUAAAUUGUUACUAAAGAAACAUUAUGGAGACUCCUUCAAGAUUGCCAAUGCCUAUGUUACCAAGCUGUCUAGCUGGCCAUCUAUCAAGUCGAAUGAUGGAACAAAACUCCAAGAGUUUGCUGAGAUUGGUCUGAAUUGUCCAAGUGCCUUGCGACCAAGAGAUGUGAUCCAUGGAAACGAAGAUGAGCCAUAUGCGGUGAAAUCACUGUUGGGCUGGCACAUGAAUGGUCCAGUGAAUCAGAGCACCAGUGACGCAGUGUUAUGUAACAGAGUCCAGAUGAUGACAAGCAGUUCCAAUGGUAAUGCCAAGGGAUAUGUCACCAUAGAGAGAAAGGUUAAAGAGAUAAUUACACCCAACACGAUCAAAGAAAUGUUCGAGAUCGAGUUUUCGGAAAGAGAGCGUGGAAUGGGUCUGUCCCAAGAGGAUCGCAAAUUUCUUGAGAAAGCCGAGGAUGGGAUUUGCCAUGGUGAAGAUGCGCACUACAAAAUGCCGUUGCCUUUCAAGAACGAGAUUUUCCAACUUCCAAACAACCGACCAGCAGCCGAACAGCGUCUCAGUGGCUUGAAGAAACGGCUUCAAAACGACGACAAGUACCGAAAUGAUUAUGUGAUAUUUAUGAACGGUGACCAAGGCUACGCUCGAAAGAUUGGACAGGAAGAAUUGACCACCAAAGAACGAAGAGUAUGGUACAUACCUCAUCAUGGUGUUUAUCACCCGCAGAAACCAAACAAGAUCAGGGUCGUUUUUGACUGUUCGGCCCGAUAUCUUGGCGAAUCUUUAAAUGACCACCUGCUGCAAGGACCUGACCUCACGAACAAGCUGGUCGGGGUUCUUACGAGAUUCAGACAAGAGAAGAUCGCGUUCUUGGCGGAUAUCGAGCAGAUGUUUUACCAAGUAAAGGUCAAAGAGGAAGACCAGGAUUUCCUCCGCUUUUUGUGGUGGCCCAACGGCGAACUUACAACCGAACCGCAAGAGUAUUGCAUGACGGUUCACCUCUUCGGAGCUGGUUCUUCGCCCGGAUGUUCCAACUACGCGCUGAAACGCACUGCAGAUGGCCAUGAAAGUGAGUUUGGUACUGAAGCAGCAUAUACUCUUCUAUGUCGAAAGAAGAAUACUCUUCUAUAUUAGAAAUUUCUAUGUCGAUGACGGAUUAAAAUCGGUUGCAACGGAAGAAGACGCGGUUGAUUUAGUGAGAAAUGUGAAAGGAAUGUGCAGAAAGGGAGGAUUUAAUCUCACCUCACAAGUCCAGCACUUAACGAACGAAUUCUGGAAACGAUGGAGGAACGAGUUCUUGCAGAAUCUGCAGCCAAGACAGAAAUGGACCAAAGAGAAACGAAACUUUAAAGAAGGCGACGUGGUGCUGUUGAAAGAUAACGAUCUUCCCAGAAAUAAGUGGUCUUUGGCUAAAGUUCUGGAUACCCAAACUGAUGAACAAGGUUUGGUUAGAGCAGUAAGUUUAAGAAUGCCUACAGGAUCAACGUUGGACCGACCGAUAGACAAGCUUGUGUUGCUGUUGGAAGCUGAAGAAAGACCGGGAAUCCCCGACAAGGAGCCUCGAGAUCUAAAUUAAUUUUCGAACUCGUACGGACACGUAGUUUACGGACACGUAGUUAACAUUGAACGUUGAUGUUAAAAUGUUUCACAUUUUGGGGAGCCAUGUUAAGGCAUCCGAGAUCUUAUUUACUUUACAUCUUGGGGUACCUAUGUUAUGCCAAGCUUUUUCGCGGGUUUGUUAUGAUUACUGUUCCCGCACAUGGUUGAACCUCUCUCUUUCGAAAGGUUCACGAAUAAAUGAUCGUUUUCAACCACGGUAACAGUUACAUAGCGAUUGAUUGCUUUUUCUUUUGUUGUGUACUGCUUUAAAGUGCCUAUAUCACUUGUGGGAUCUUUACACAUUUAUAGUAAUUGGAACAUUCUAAGAAGAUUUGUAAUAUAUCUUGUCAGGCGAAAAUUUCAUCUUCAUGGACUUUUUUGCAGUUAAAGUUGCCGGAUAUGACGUCAAAGGAGGAAUCUGUGAAGCAAGAAACAAAAGAAAACUGAUUUGCAUUACCUCCUUUGAUGUCAUAUCCGGUAAAUUUAACUGCAAAAAAGUCGAUGAAGAUGACAUUUUUGCCUGAGAAGAUAUAUUACAAAUCUUCUUAGAAUGUUCCAAUUACUAUAACUAUGUAAAUAUCCUACAAGUGAUAUGGGCACUUUAAUUAUGCACAAAGUUGGAGAAAUGCGAUUUCGACCGGCAAUUUUUAAUCGGCUCGUAGUUGGUCAUUCUGUUCAUAAUGAUACAAGAAAGGUUUUAUUCAACAGCUCAAACCCUAAUCUUUAUCAAUAUGAAAAAUUAAAUCUAUGUACUCGGUGUUUAACGCACAAUAGCACGCUGAAGUUGGAUUACCUUUUUUAUACGCCCUGUAUAUGGAAAUAUCUUGUGAUGAAAUAUUUCGCCAACAUUUUAAAUGGUAAACAUCUCUUCCUCAGCUAAACACCGCCUGGACGUUACUCGAGCAUCUCCCUGGCGGAUUGGGUAAUCGAAGUGGUACAAUUUUUGAAUUACAGCUAUGGUGCGCACUGAAGACAAACCUGUCUCCAAAGGUUAAGUACUACUACACGGAUGAAGGAUCCAUAAAGGACGGGUAUCUACCCGAUUUAAGUUUACUUGCCCCACUAAAACUGCUUGAGAAUCGUAUCGCUGUUAGACGCCGAACGAUGGUUUAUGUACCAAACCUGAAGGACGUAGACUUUGUCAUAGUUGAAGAAAAUGGCAUUUCUCAUGGCAUUCAAGUGAGCGUGCAGAAUUGGAGUGACAAGUGUAAAAAGAAUUUUAUAAGACGAAAGAUUAUGACCAUGUUUACUUGCUCACGACGCAAUCAGCUGAUGUUGAUAUGCUCGAGAAAAUUAAAUAUUCGAAGUUUAAAGAAGCUUUUAACAACCAUAAGUUGCGGGUUGUUGAUGUGUCGUCAGUCCUAAGUGAUGAGCUAUUGACCUUGAUCCGCACGUCCACAAAAGCAGGCAAAGCAAAAGGAAAAGCCAAUAGCAGGAACAUGAGUGAUAUUAUAAAA